AUGGCGCCAGACAGAACAACCCAGGCAAAGACUGUUGCACUUGCAGCCAGGAAAAGCACGCCGCGUGUAGUUAGAGCCCAAGCGCCUGGCAAUGUUACCGUAAAUUCGCCCGUCACCAACAGAAAACUGAAUUUGACAAAUGAAAAAGCAAACUCAAGUAAUAAUCACAAAGUCAACGAAGAACCCAAAACUAAGGCUUCGGAAAGCGAGGGAAAAGUUAAUUCCAACAUGGCCGACAUAUUUACGCGGCAGCGUUCGAAAACGCGAACAUUGGACGAGAGUGAAGCGAAAGUGUUCAGACCCGAUGUUGUCAAUAAUAAUGCGGAGAUGAAAAAUUUAUCGCGUAAGCUCAGCGCUAAACCGAAGUCUUUUUUUGUGGAUUUAAAUGGAGGUCAACCAAAGACUGAAAAGGAGAGGUCCAGUGAAGAGGAAGUGAGUUACGAGGACGACUUUGAAAGUUACGAAUCAGACUUCGACUCAUAUCACAGCGAUGCUCAGAGUGGCGAAGACUCCAGCACUUCAGAUGAAAGGAGAUCGCCAGAAGAUAAUGAGAACGAGAUCAAAACAGAUGACGAAUCGGGAACAGCGAGAGAAACCAAUUUAAAAGAUGUUAAGGACGAGGAACGGAUGCUGGAUUCAGGCAGCUACGAUCUUCGCGAGACGCAAAGAUCCGCCCAGAAGAACAAACCUUUGAGGCUCGAUUUCAUCUUGGAGGGAACUGAGGAAGCUGAGAAGAGAUCAUCGCUCACAGACGAAGGCUUCCAGGACAUGUCCACCUCCAGCGUAGUAUCCAACAGUAAGACAAUGCACGUCGACGUGCUGGAGAGGCCCUUCUUCGUGGAUUUCAAGACAUGCAAGAGGAAUAGAAGGAAACGCCACAUAUUCGAGCGACUGCGUCGCAGGGCCGAAGACAUUUUGGGCAUGGUCACCCUCCACGAGAUGAGAUUCACCCUCUUCGAAAUGCAACCCGUGCCGUACGACUCGUUCAUGGCGGCGUUCGGCCGCAGCGACUGCGCGCAGGUCUCGGUUCAGACCUUGGAAGACGCGAUCUCAUCGGAAGUGCAAACCGAGGGGGCCAUUUGCGAGACCAAAUGGACCCAGCACCCAGUAAAGUUCUCCAAGCACGACAUUUGCUUGUGCGCUGAGAAAACGAAGAGUGGUACCGGCGACGAGCUAGAGGAUAGGUUCGCCGUUUUACUGAAUCCUGCGAAGGAUUCCAUUGUCAGUGUUAGCGAAAGGCACGGCGACCCGCUGAGUAUACUCCUCGAGCAGAGGAACGGCGUGGGCUCUGACACAAUCCAAUCCCGCAAUGUAUACCCGGCCAAUUUGAAAAGUAUCGAUUUCAACGUCGACAGACUGAGAAAGUUCCUAAACAGGACGGAGAGCAGGAUAAGUAGGAUUUUGAACUCGAAUGCUGGCAACUCGGACGUAUCCGGCUUGGUAAGGACCACAAAGCUACCCUUCAGCGGGGGCUACGUCACCGUGCCAUUAGAAAAGUCGAAGCUGCCGUCCAUCAAAGAUACGAAAGUCACCAACGUGAUCCUCUCUGAGACGAGAAGCCAUUUCGUCGUCACUGUACACGAGAAAUGCUCAAACGAUAGUAGCAUUCCCAGAUCCCUCCUUUGCGUGUGGGAUUUGAGUUUGGCUAUGCAUGAACCGUUGAAGGUUUUGGUUGCAAUGGAUAACGUUGCUAUUGGGAAAUUCAGGGGCGUCUCUGACGGCAUCGUAGUCGCUGCUCUAAUAGACGGAACGAUUCACUUAUGGGACUUAUCGGAACAAGCGGCGUGGAUGCGAGGUGAUGACUGCGUAGAAAGGACUACCAAUUCGGUAGAAAUAAAGUCGGAAGAACUCACGCAGACCGAAUUGGAUAGGGAGUGGAAUCGAGCGCAUGGUCACAAUGAGUUGAGAAAGGAAUACACGUGUCUCAUGCAGUCCAGUGCUUACACCAGCAGCGGUGCCAACGUUGUUAAGGGCGAUGCGAGUGAUCGGAUAGCGGGGUUAGAGUUCAUGGGCGACGCGCAAAUAUGCACCAUCCAAGAUGGCCGCCGGAAAAUUGUGGCACAGAUUUGUUCGUUACAACGGGCCGGUAUCCUCGCACUGUGGUCGGUAGUACGGGACAGACUGAGGGGUUCACACGACAUCGGCAGGGCGUUCUGGUCCAAAAUCGCUUUGGAGCCGCUCCAAACGCUCGAUCUCUCCGAGCGUAUUCAUUCCUCACGAUAUUGCAACGGUACAUUCGCGGACGCCUCACACUCGUUCGAUUUGAGCGCCGCUAAGGGGCGGCUAGCGCUGAAAUGGCGCGAGCAGGGCCCGCCAUUUUCGAACGAGGCGCGGUGCGGCGUUGCCACACCGCGCAGCGCCGCCCGCAAGAGGGUGUUGCCAACUGCUAACGGGAAGCGUAACGGCUGGGAGACUGGUACGGUCUGUCACGAUUUGAAGACGGUCCGAACGGACGGCGGCGAUUGGUUUUUGGUUGCGAAGAAUUGCGGCGAGGUGCUCGCCUGCGCGAGGUACGCUGGCGUAUUCAAGAUCAGCAGGUUCAUUGUUGCCAAUGACACUUCGUCAAUAACGCGCCUACAAGUGUCCCAGAAUGGCCUACCGUACUUCGUGGCGGCCACCGAAACGGGCACUGUCAACCUGUGCUCCAUCCAAGACCUGAGGGUCCUACUUACGCUGGACUGCAGGAACACCCCGCCAGCUACGGCGAUGAAGUACAACGUCGACUCAAAGGGAAGGUAUGCGGGAAGCAGCACGGGAGACUCCCCUUCCACUAACCUCGCUCUUGGGGAGGGCGGAAAGGUGCCGAUCUCGUCACUGCUGUGGUCCCAGACCAACCCGUUCGAGGUGGGAGCGUUGCUAGGCGACGGCGCCAUGGUACUCUGGCGGCUCACCACCAGCGACAUUGUGGGGCGAAGGUUCGGUGGUGCCGCCACGGCGUGCACCACAUCCGCCGACACCGUGGCUCUGAUCACGCCACAGAGUGAAGUGCAAGUCCACAGAUUAAAUAGCGGACCUAAGGACAACAUUGAGCUGUUCAAAAAAUACACCUCACUCUUA